UAUAGAAGUUUCUAUUGGAUCUUUCCCAGUCGUAUGUGGUUACACGAACGCAGCAUGAGUCUAAUUUCUAAUCAAUGUCAUUGAACACAGCUGUUGCUGUGAACGCACUACAUGGCAGCUGUAAAUGUCAUUGAAUCUCAGUGAAGUUGAACCCCAGCGCUCUCUUAUUGUUCCUUGUGGCUUCUAGAAUAACGCAUGUAAGCUACUGUCAAUGAUUUAUGGAUACAUAUAUUUGGCUGCAGUAGGCUACUGCCAGUGCAAAGUUUGCUACUAGUGUUUGCUGCCUGCUGUCAUAGACUAGACGUACCAUAGUAAACGUAAAUCUGGGACACUAUUAUAUGUUACAUUUUGUUAUGGCUCCAUAAGACAAGCUUACUUAAGGCAAAAUUGUAAGGAUGGUUUGUGGGAAUGUCUAGCAACCCAAAGGUUGCGUGUUCAAAUCUCAUCAGACAACUUUAACAUUUUAGUUAAUUAACAACUUUGAACUGCUAUUUAGAUACUUUGCAACUACUUGGCAUGUUAACUAACCCUAAACCUAACUCAUUAUCUAGCUAACAUUAGUGUUAGCCACCUAGCUAAUGUUAAGCCCUACAAAUUAAUUGGAAUUUGUGACAUGUCACACAUGUUGCAAAUGCAUAACAUUGUACUAAAUGGAUGAAGACAGAUUUCCUAUAUAUCGUUAUGUCUACCCCUGAGUACAGGUGGCCCUAACCUGAAAAGCAAGGCCAGAAGAGACCAUUAUUACUGCAAAACCUGUUGUCUCAAUGCCUUACAACUUGAGGUCCAAAUUGCCUGUGAAAGAGACCAAUACUACCAAUCAGGAGACAUGUGCAGUUCCAAAUGUAAAGGUCCAGACCAAGUCAGAGGAGAAUGUUUCCUUACCAGGAAAACCUGCCACCUCGUAUGGCCUGAGGUCCAGGGUGCCUUUGGGAAAUGUAGCAAGCAAACUGAACAACGCCAAAGGGAUUAAAACAAAUACGUCUGUUCCCGUCAAACCAGCUCAAUGUAAGCAGAGCGCCACUGAAAGAGUCCAUGUUAUUUCAAAGGAGAACACUGGGGCUGGCAACUGUGAUCUGGUCAGACAGGCCAAGCCCAUUGCAGCUGCCCCUGAGCAGCCUCCGAGCCAAGAGGCCACUCGGGACGAGGGGCUCAAUGUGCCACGGGCCUUCUCACAUGCCCUGCUCAACAUCCCAGAUGUGGACUCCGCAGACGCGGGCGACUCCUUGCUGUGCAGUGACUAUGUGAAGGACAUUUACGCUCAUCUAAGGAACCUGGAGGUUGCCAUGGCUAUAAAACCAUGUCAUCUGGAGGGUUGUGAUGUGACUGGGAGCAUGCGGAGUAUUCUAGUUGACUGGCUGGUACAGGUCCAGAAGCAGUUCAGACUGCACCAGGAGACCCUCUACAUGACUGUUGGGAUCAUCGACCGCUUUCUCCAGGACUAUCCAGUGCCAACGAAGUCUCUGCAACUGGUUGGUGUCACUGCAAUGCUCAUCGCUUCCAAGUACGAGGAAAUCGCUCCUCCCGUGGUGAAGGACUUUGCCCAUAUAACAGACUUCACCUACUCCUGUGCUGAGAUACGCUUGAUGGAAGUUACCAUUCUGAAAGCCUUGAACUAUGAACUGGGACGACCACCACCAGUUCACUUUCUAAGGAGAGCUUCCAAGGUUGGGAAGCUUCAGCCUGUUGGUUAUGGGCUGGCUAAAUACCUGCUGGAGCUGACCCUUCUGGACUAUGCCUCAGUUCACCAUCCACCAUCCCUGACCGCUGCAGCAGCUCUUGCUUUAUCAUCCAGGAUCCUUCAUGAUUCUGCUGGUUAUGAAUGGACCCCAGCCCUACAGCACUACACAGGCUACACAGAGGUCUCUCUGCUACCUGUGAUGCAAUGCAUUGCCAAGAUGCUGGAGCGCUUGAGUGAUGGCAGCAUGAAGCAGUUGUCAAUCAAGCAGAAGUAUGACAAUGUCAAGCUACUCAGGGUCAGCUGUCUCCCAGAGCUGACAUCUACCAGGGCUUACGCCUACAUUAACAAACUGUCCAACUCUCACUGUUGACACGAUUGAUUUACCCUGUGUUUUUAGCACUUUAUAAACCAUUUUUAAAUAAAUAUUUAGUUUUCAA